ACUCAAGCACAAGUAUGGGGUAUCUCUUUGUAAAUAUUGUGCUGCUUAGCGCCUUAGUGGCGACAACUUGGUCGGCGGCCACCUUCAAUAUGAAGGAAUUUCACAAUCAGGAGCAGCUGGUGGGUCAGUCGAGUGUGGCUAAGGCCAGAGAUACGAAUCUUCUUGAUCCCAAUGCCAUGGCCAAGAACAAGUAUACGCCACCGGAGGAGAAGAACGCUCAAUUCUGGUAUGAUCUGGCCAAUGAGGAGAUAGCCAAGCGCUUGGCCUUGCCGCAGCCGGACAAGAGGAAGGCCAAGAAUAUGAUCAUGUUCCUGGGCGAUGGUAUGUCUCUAACAACAAUUGCGGCUGCUCGUAUUCUGAAGGGUCAACUGAAAGGCAACCCCGGGGAGGAGGAUUCACUGAGCUUUGAGACAUUCCCGCACACGGGCCUGAGCCGGACCUAUUGCUCCAAUGCUCAAGUGCCGGACUCUGCCUGCACUGCGACCGCCUAUCUGUGUGGCGUCAAGACCAACAUUGUCGCCCUGGGCGUCACGGCCAACGUGAACUUCAACAAUUGCAGCGGCAGUGAAGAUCCCUCGAAUCAGGUGAGCUCCAUUGCCGCCUGGGCUCAGGCAGCUGGCAAGGCGACUGGAAUUGUGACAACGACCACUCUGACCCAUGCCAGUCCAUCGGGCGCCUAUGCGCACACCACAAAUCGCUUCUUCGAGUCCGACACGGACAUUGUUACCUAUGGCGAGGGCAAGAAUUUCCCCGAGUCCUGCACGGACAUUGCCACGCAGCUGAUUACCCAGGCGCCGGGCAAGUACUUUGAUGUUAUGCUGGGCGGCGGCAUGGGCAAAUUUUUGCCGAAAUCGAUUACGGAUAAGUUUGGCAACCCGGGCGAACGCUCCGAUGGCGUCAACUUGCUAUCCAAGUGGCAAUCGUUGCAUCCGGAUGGCGCGCUGGCCUACAAUCGCAAGCAGCUGCUGAGCGUGGAUGCUAAGCGUACACCUCGCUUGAUCGGUCUCUUCAACUCCGGUGUCAUGGACUUCCACAAACUUGCCGAUGCGGAACAGAAGCCCACGCUGGAGGAGAUGACCAGAAAGGCCAUUGAGGUGGCUAGCCAAAAUGAUGAGGGCUACUUUCUGUUCAUCGAGGGUGGCCUGGUGGAUUACGGAAAUCAUUUCAAUAUACCCCAGAUGGGACUUGACGAGGUGCACGAGCUAUCCAAGGCUGUGGAGACAGCGGUUGGCAUUACAAACCCCGAUGAGACUUUGAUUGUGGUCACCUCCGACCAUGCCCAUCCCCUGUCAAUCUCUGGCUAUCCGGGUCGUGGCACAAACAUCCUGGGACUCAAUCAGCACGAUGCCGACAUCAAUGGCGUCAAAUAUGCCACCUUAAACUAUGCAGUUGGCACCCAAUCGUAUCUGGACGAGAAUGGCAAACGCCAGCCGCUUGAGGAUAAAAUCAAUGAUCCGCUCUUCAUCUAUCCGAGCUAUAUAACUGGCAGCAUUGGCGUGCACUCGGGCGAUGAUGUUGGCAUCUUCGCCACUGGACCCCAGAGUCAUCUGUUCUCCGGCGUUAUGCAGCAGAGCACGAUUCCCCAUCUCAUGGCCUAUGCCGGCUGCAUUGGCAAUGGACCCACUGUCUGCGACAACUGAGCUCUGGACACUAACUACAGAAUGGCAUUGAUUCUAUAUUAAUAACAGCAAAUGUUAUGCAACUGUUAAUGUUCAUGUUAUGCUAAUAAUUCUUGCAGCUUCUUGCGUGGGUUUGCCUCUGCGGGUUCUUCAUGCUUCAAGAAUAAAAUAAAU